CUUUCAGGGUAUUCUGGGGAGGGUACUUUAUUAGGAGGAUACACUAUUGGGGGAUUCUACACAGUAAUAUACGAAUUAACUAAACCAGCUGUAAAAAAACGUGGUGAUCCUGAUAAACCAGCAGUUUAA